AAGAAGACAGAAACAUCCGGGUAUUGUUGUGCCACCGCUGAAGGAACGGAUGAUAGACGGAUAGAUCUUUACGAAUUCUACCGAUAACUAAAGCCUUUCUUUAUUCGUUAACAUGGCGGCAAAUGACGCCGAGUUCGGGUUGGAAACCUGCAAAACAUCCAGGAGCUCGAAGCAUUGCUCACGGUCCAGAUCGCGCUCAGUGGAGCGGAAGCGAAAGUCAGGAGACAAGAGGCACAGAAGAAGCCACAGCAGAAGCAAAGAGCGUGCUAAUGCACGAAGAGACACUCUGAACAGAAGACGCUGCUGACAGAUAGCAAAAUUAUAUGCCUACUACCUGGACAGAGACCAAUUCUUCUUAAAACAGGCACGGAAGAAAGACUCUGAGAAAGCUCUGAAAUGUCAGAGUGGAUCAGAGGAGAUGUCCGAUAAAGGCAGAGACAGGCUGUCUGAAGAAGUGGAGGAACGACAUCGCAGAAAAGACAAGAAGUCCUCCAGGCCAAGAAGCCUAUCGAGAUCACGUUCAAAGGAAAGACGACAUCACGGUCGAAACUGGGACAAAAGAAGAUCCCGCUCACGCAGUGGUGAACGGCGAUCGAGGAGUCGCGAGAAAAAGAGACGGGCCAGGUCUCGCUCGAACUCCAGAAGCAAACACAGACAUCACAGCAGGAGCCGGAGCAAGAGCAGGGAGAAGAAGAAGAGGACAGAGAAAGCGCGGAGAAAAAGUCGCAGUCGGUCAGUUAGCCCUGUGACCUUCAGGGGUAGAAACACAGCCAUGGAUGCUCAGGAAGCAUUGGCUAGAAGGUUGGAGAGAGCAAAGAAGCUUCAGGAACAGAAAGAAAAAGAAUUGUUGGAAAAACGGCAACAAGAGCAAGCAGCAGCGGUUGCUCCACUGUUGUGUGAUCCGGCCACCACUGCUCCCAGUCCAGCGCUGAACGUCGCAGCUCUGCUGGCCUCGGGCACACAGGUCACCCCCCAGAUCGCAAUGGCAGCUCAGAUGGCAGCGCUUCAGGCCAAGACACUGGCAGAGACUGGCAUUGCUGUGCCAAGCUACUACAAUCCCUCAGCGGUCAACCCAAUGAAGUUUGCCGAGCAGGAAAAGAAGAGGAAAAAGUUGUGGCAAGGGAAGAAAGAAGGGGACAAGUCACAGACAGCUGAGCUUUGGGAGAAGCUGAAUUUUGGCAAUAAAGACCAAAAUGUGAAAUUUCGCAAGCUUAUGGGAAUUAAAGGUGAAGAGGAAGCCACUUCAUCAGGAGCCACUAACGAAGAAGGUCUUAAAACCUUGCAGCAGCAGGAAGAGAUGUUUCGCAACCUGGACGUCCAGUACGAGAUGGCCCGCUCACAGACACACACGCAGAGGGGAAUGGGCCUUGGUUUCUCCUCCUCUUUUUCAUCAAGGGGAAUGGACGCUGUCUGAACACUCUGUACUCGUGCUUCUCGUCUCUGUAAAUUCUGGCCGACGUUGCCCCUGUAAAUCUGGUUUGUACGUGCGUGUAGAGAAUGCUGGUGCAUUAGCUUGCAUGUAUAAUUCAUCAGACCUGUUGUUUUAUUCAUUUUGCAAAAUUCACAUGUAAAUACAGUUGAUUGCACAAACAUAUAUUGUUGCUUGGUCUCUGACAAGUGUUUAAUAUUGUAAAGCUUCCAUUUGGAUUUUGGGUGGGGAAUGUAUAUUUCACUGUGUUUGUACUAGAGCCAGACCGAUUUUAGGCAUUUUCCAUAAUAUCGGUAUCGGCAGUUAUAAUGGCCGAUAAAUUAAUAUUUAAAAAAUAAAAUAAAAACGGACGAAA